AAAACCAUCACCACACCCCCUCACCUUGAUGCCAAUCAAACACACUCCAUACACACCGAAUUAAUCAAGGAACCUCAACAGGACCAUAUGGCAGGUGUGAACUCCAGUGUGGUCGGCCUCAAGCCCGCCGCUGCGGUGCCGCAGUCUGCCAACGCCUCGCCCGCGGCGGCAAAGCGCGUGCAGGUCGCCCCGGCCAAGGACCGGCGGUCGGCGCUUCUCGGCCUAGCGGCCGUCUUCGCCGUCACGGCUGCCACCGGCUCCGCAAAUGCCAGCGUCUUCGACGAGUACCUCGAGAAGAGCAAGCUCAACAAGGAACUGAACGACAAGAAGAGGGCGGCCACCAGCGGCGCCAACUUCGCACGCGCCUACACCGUGCAGUUCGGCAGCUGCAAGUUCCCUUACAACUUCACCGGUUGCCAGGACCUCGCCAAGCAGAAGAAAGUCCCGUUCAUCUCCGACGACCUCGAGAUCGAGUGCGAGGGAAAGGAGAAGUUCAAGUGCGGAUCCAACGUCUUCUGGAAAUGGUGAAGCUGAACGAUUGGCCAAGGAAUAUGGCGAGUGCUGAUGUGAUGCUUGUAUCUCAGUGCGUGUACCUAGAUGUUCAAACUGCGGAAGUAUUUCGGCUGUAAACUUAUUGUCAUUGUAUUUCACCAACAAGUGGGAAUUCUGUUUUCACCUGGA